AACUACCAAACUCACAUUUACUGGAUUUCAAAAUCUCAAAGUUUCCCUAAAUUGUAAUUUAACCCAUUUCUGUCAAAAAAAACUUACCCUAUCACCAUGCAAUCCCUACCCUCUCUUUAGCCUUUAUUACUGCUUUCCCUUCCCAUCAUAACAAUUCUCCCCACAUCUCCCCAUGGAGGAGCGGUUCACCACUAUUACUUCCGACUCUACCGAUGAUUCUACUCUGCGGCCAAGAGCUUCACCAGCAAACUACGAGCCUAUUUUCCGUCCAAGACCUUUUCCUUCCCGUAAAAGAUCAAUUCAAGAAAGGUCAAAACCACUAGCCAUUGAAUCAGAAACAUAUGUUGUCCAAAUUCCUAAAGAUCAAAUAUUUAGCGUCCCGCCACCUGAGCAUGCCAUCAUCGCCGAACGUCAUCGGAAUCCGGAAAAGGAGGACAACACUGGCCGCCGAAGUUGCUUAAUUUGCGUUCUUAUAACGUUAACAGUUCUUGCCGUGCUAAUGUGCUUGAUCUUAGGCAUUCUUCGGAUUCUUUAUAAUCCUAAAGCUCCCCGUUUCUCUAUUGUGCAAGUUCAUGUCGAGAAUAUAUCUUCUAAACAGUUAAGAUACGAAAUGAAAUUGAAGGUGAAAAAUAAAAAUAAGAAAAUGAAAAACAUAUAUAGAAGCGAUGGAGAUGCAAUAUUAUUAUACAAAAGUUACAAGAUUGGUACAGGAAAACCUCCUCAAUUUGUUCAAGCGGCAGGUAGUUUAACAAAUAUUGGAUUUGGGAUCAGUGGCAAGAAAAAUGGAUCACUGGCUAAAGAAAUCGAAAAGAGUAUUGGAGACAGAAAGGGAAAACGACAUGUCGCUUUGGUGCUAAAAAUGAAUGUACCAGUUAAGAUGAAGUCUUCGAAGAAGGUAAUUAAUGUUGUUUGUAAUUUUAAGGUGAGUUCUUUGGGAGCUUCAGGACGUAAUGUUCUUUCUCAACGUUGUCAAACUAAGUUCAAAUAAUUUGCAGGUUUUUGUCUUGCAUUUUGAUUUUUAUUAUUUGCAUUCUUUUAUAUAUGAAAUCGUCUUAUUAAGUA